AUGACAAAUAAAUCCAAAUUCGAAAUUCGCAGAUGACAUUCACAAUGUUCUCAGAUCAAGAUCUGUAUCACUACAGCCUCCUCUCUCUCUUCCUCAUCGGACCACCCACCUUCCUCGCCUGUCAAUUCCUCACCGCCCCUUAUGGAAAACACCGCCGCUCCGGUUGGGGACCCACCAUUUCACCACCUUUAGCUUGGUUUCUAAUGGAAAGCCCUACUUUAUGGCUCACACUUAUCCUCUUCCCCUUCGGCAAAAAUCACAACAAUCCAUUAUCAUAUAUCCUCAUUUCUCCUUACCUUUUCCACUACACAAAUCGGACAAUAUUUUACCCUUUAAAACUCUACUUCAACUCAAAGGGUGGGUCGCCGGCGAGUGGUUUUCCCGUGAGUAUUGCGUUUUUGGCUUUUGUGUUUAAUCUGUUGAAUGCUUAUGUACAAGCUAGAUGGGUUUCUCACUAUGCUGAGUAUGAUUCUGAUGAGUGGUUUUGGGUCCGAUUUGCCGGCGGGAUGGUGGUUUUUGCCGGUGGGAUGGCGGUGAAUGUUUGGGCCGAUGAGGUGUUAGUGGGCCUGAAGAGUGAAGGAGGUGGAUAUAAGAUACCGAAAGGUGGGCUUUUUGAAUAUGUGAGCUGUCCAAAUUAUUUGGGGGAGAUAGUGGAGUGGUUGGGCUGGGCUUUGAUGACUGGGUCUUGGGCCGGGUUUGGGUUUUUUCUGUAUACUUUUGCUAAUUUAGCUCCUAGAGCUAGGUUUAAUCAUGAAUGGUAUUUGCAGAAAUUUGGAGAAGAUUAUCCUAGGAAAAGAAAAGCUGUUAUACCAUUUUUGUAUUGAGUUUUGAUUUUGAUUAUGCAAUGUAAUGG